AUAGGUUGGUUUCGAUGCUGUUCGCAUUGUGUGUGUCCAAGCGGAAGCGAGAGCGUGAAGUGGUUGAUGAGUCUUUCAGAGCAUUAAUUUCGUGCUGGGUUGGAUCAUUUGUAUGCGAUCGUAGCGUUUGAAACUGGAUGAGGGAAGUGGGCCUUCUUUUGAACUGGGAGUUGGUUGGGGGAAAAUUUUCCAGAAUCACGAGUCUGGUGUUUGAGCUUCUCCUGAAUCGCACAGCCUCUGGUCUUGACCUUGCUGUCCGUUGAUACAAUGUCAUCACCUUUUAUCUUUGGGAUUCGCAAUUGUCUUGGAGUUGGUAAAACCCGUUGCUGGCAACUUCAACCUUUUAAAAUCCUUCCGGGAGAUGCAGGAAAUUAUAGACGUGGAAAAGAGUACCUCGUGCGUCCCUGUAUCCCGAGAUGGAUAGUAUUAUAAGUUGCUCAAAGAUUUCUGUAUCAUUUUCCAAUUUACCAACAAGGCGGCGACUUAUCACUCUCACUGGCAUGGAGUCCAGAAUAUUCUCCUAAAAUGCCGUAGUGGUAGAUGAACAUUGUGAAGCCUCGAUCGAAAUGGAGGCCGCACGCCUUACACAGGACGAAAUGGUUGCUCAGCUAUUGUCAAUGGGAUUUGAUUAUUAUUUGGCGCUGGAGGUAAUAAGCAACCCAAAUCUGGGCUCUCUUAAUGACAUGGUGGAUUUUUUAUUAACUGAAGGUUCGAGCCGCUAUGUGGAGUGUUGCCUAGGGAAACGUAAGAAUGUCUCCAACGAUUUGGAAGAGAUCGACAGAAAGAAUAUAGUCAACCCCAAUGAUGGGUCCUGCAAUCUAUGGCAUUUCAAAGAGGAGGUGAAAGAAAACAUCAGGGCAGCACGUUUUGUAUGUUCGAACGUAAAAGUGGAGCCUAUGGAAACUUCUUCGAUCCUGUGUAGGACAGACGCCAUGAAAACAUCAACAGAAUUUUGCGGUGAUGCAACGGAACAGAUGAGAGAAAAUGGUGGUACUAACAAUCAGGGGUUCUGGGUGCAAGAAGGUGCAUGGGGAGGGUUCAGUGACGAGGUUUUUGAUGAAGAAGAACCUCCUCUUCAUCAAAGUGAUGCAGCUGAGGAAAACAUCAUCACUCAUGUUGUUGUUCCAAGCGUACCGAGAAAGAAGUUGGUCAUCGGGCAUUCCUCUGAAGUAGUGUGUAAGGGGACAACGACUGCAAGAAGUCGAACAAGUGUUUUAGAGAAGUACAGCACAGAUAUUGCAUCAAAAGAAGCUGACAUGCAACGAGAAGAGAUGUUGAUCAGGUGUCAGAAAGCUAUGCGUGUCAAAGGAGAACUUGUGGAUGCUGAAUCAGCAGUGGACGUGAAACCCGUCAUAGAGAACAAGCAUGUUUUGAAUUUUGGAGGUAAACUGAAUCCAGCCGUUGACACAGGAUCUACGGGGGCUAAAGCUGAACCUUUGGAGACCGAAGAUGUGAAGCCACGAGGUUCGGAAUUACCCAGAAACCGUUGCAGAGAAGAACAGGAAAACUGUACUCAGGUGAAGAGAAAGCGAGGAUCUAUACUUGAUCCAGAUGGUCUAAGAGAGGGUGGUCCUUCCAAAACCUACAUACCUAGCAAGUUGAAAGGUGUUACCAUCCCUAAGGUCGAGGAUUGGGAGAAAGCAGCUGUUACAGCUUUACGGAGGUAUUUUGGCUAUCAGGAGCUAAAAAGUUUCCAACGAAUUGCAAUUGAAGCAUGGGCCGAUAAUCGUGACUGCUUCGUUCUUGCUGCUACCGGCUCUGGGAAGUCAUUAUGCUUUCAGCUCCCAGCGUUGAUGACCGGGAAGGUAGUUGUAGUGGUUUCCCCACUUAUCAGCCUUAUGCACGACCAGUGCUUACAGCUAGCGCGGCAAGGUGUGUCUGCUUGCUUUCUUGGAUCUGGCCAAGUUGACAAGACAAUUGAGCUUAAAGCCAUGGCUGGAAUUUAUAACAUUGUCUACGUCUGCCCGGAAACUCUUCCAAGGUGUGUGGGCAGGCUGGAAAGUUGUUUGCAGAGCCUUGCUCGGGGUAAAGGCAUUGCUCUCUUUGCAGUGGACGAGGCACACUGCAUUUCCAAAUGGGGUCACGACUUUCGUCCAACCUACAGGCAGUUAUCUAUGCUGAGGGAUAAAUUUAAGGUCGGCGUCAUUCCGGGACUGAAUCAACAGAUACCCAUAAUGGCUCUGACUGCCACCGCAACUCCUUUUGUGCGGGAGGAUAUCCUAAACUCCUUAGGAAUAGCUGCUGGAAAUCCAAGAAUUGUGCUCACUACCUUUUUCAGACCUAAUCUUUACUUUUCUGUAAACCACAGUAAAACAACAAAGGUAACAUCAUAUGAAAAUGAUUUUGCAUCUCUUAUCAAUCUCUACACCAGGAACGGCGAUAGAUGUCAGCGAGUAGCUUCGACAUCAAAAACAAGUUUGCGCAAAGAGAGUAACAGAGUAAGCUCAAAGGAUGAUAACUACAAUCUGAGAAUGGGUCUUACUGAUCUAAUGGACAGUACACAAAGUAAUGAAUGGCUUAAUGCUAAUAAAAACAAGGUCCUUGGAAGAAAUUUGACUCAUAACGAUGGCAUAGAGGAUUUAGUUAUCUUGUCUGACGACUACGAAGACGACGACGAAGACGACGAAGACGACGACGAUGACGACGACGACGACGAUGAUGAUUAUUCAAGUGCGGAGGGUGAUGCAAUUAAGGACAAUGACUGUGAUGGUUCUCGUCUAACAACUCAGUUCUUGGAGGACGAAGACGAGAGACUUGGCGGUGAUUGUUUUGUUGAGUGUGGAGAAUUUAGAGGUCGUGCUGCUGCACUUAGGGAUUCUGCUGGUCAAGACAAUGGAAAGGCAACAGAACUGGGGGAAGGCCCCACCAUUGUUUACAUGCCUACAAGAAAGGAAACUGAGACUCUUGCAAAGUUUCUUUGCAGACAUGGUGUCAAAGCUGCUGCUUAUCAUGCUAAGUUACCUAGGACCCAUUUGAGACAAGUACACGAGGGAUUUCAUGGAGAUAAUUUGCAGGUUGUUGUUGCUACUAUUGCAUUUGGAAUGGGAAUCGACAAGCCAAAUGUGAGACGUGUGAUCCAUUAUGGCUGGCCUCAGAGUUUGGAAGCAUACUACCAAGAGGCAGGUCGAGCUGGUAGAGAUGGUGCUCGUUCAGAUUGUGAACUAUUUGUUGACAUGACUGUUCUGCCUUCAUUGCUGCCCAGCCGCCGAGAUCCUGCACAAACGAAGCAUUCACUUGAAAUGCUCUCGCAAUGUUUCAGGUAUGCCAUUCAACAAGAUUGCUGCAGAGUGCAUACGAUACUUAAAUACUUCGGUGAAGUUCUUGAGGGUGGUCUAUGCAACAUGUGUGAUGUAUGCCUCAAGGGUCCACCACCUGCUCAAAAUCUGACUAGAGAAGCCGUGCUGCUACUGACAGCAAUUGCUGCCUCUCAGACGGGAGGUACUGCCUUAGGAGCUAGUGUGCAACCAAGAGAGAGAGCACCAAGAGGAAAAGGGAUGACAGGCAGGGCAGGACGAGCAGGAAGGACAAGUAGUACUUCAUCAGUAGCACCUAAAGGACUGUCUAUAAAAGACAUUGUGGAACAAUUGGAAAAACAGGAUCCAUCGAAGGAUAGAUUAUGGUGGAGGGGCUUUGUUCGUAUACUGGCUGACCGUGGAUUUAUCCAGAAUGCCGCGUCAACAGCCACAAAUAAAUUGGUAGUGCCCACAAUUAAAUACCCUCUCCUCACUCCCAAGGGACUUGAGCUCCUACGAACACCCAACAUAACAAUAGCUUCACAACAUGUACAUCGUCUUUUGGUUUACUUAGAAGGUGACAUGAUUCAAGCUUCGAAAAUGCCAAGGAACCAUAGAACGUCAGAAGAAUCGAGGGAAUGGGGAAGAGGAUGGGCUGACCCGGAGAUACGGCGGCAGCGUCUCAGCAAGCGUGGCAGGGGUCGGAGUCGUAGGAGGGGUAAGUCUCGACAGAGGCAGCCAAAAGCUGACUCUACGACUGUGCGGAGUCGUCUUGCAAAUAAGUUGGGUCUCAAGAGAUGAAUAUAGAGCACUCAUUUAGUGGUAUCUUCAUGCAUUUGUGAAGCUAUUCGGACUGGCAUACCCCGAGCUUUCGCAACUGUUCACUUGAUCCUUAAGGUCUGAACAAAAAAUAUUCUGGUUUGGAUAUUAGAGACCCCCAAGGAAAAUAUUUCGGAUGUUAUUAGAGUAUCCGAAUAAUGUUUCUAUUGCGUCUCCAACACAACCAAUAGGAGGAAAUAUGACCUUAUUCAGCCGUAAAAUUUAACUAUCAUAUGUUUCUUAAGAUUCAAGGAAAAGAAGUCUUCCAAGAUUGUGUAAAGAAACACAAAAGACUCAA